ACACACCACAGCUCUGCACUGGAGGAAUUGCCCUCAGCUCUUGCAGCCCUGCAGCUGACAGCAAGGCUGUCAUCCAGCUCUUAGAGGAAGAAAUUCAAACUCUAGAAUUCCUACAGAGAUGGGAAGAAUCAUCCUUUAUGAGCGUGCCAAUUUCCAGGGCAUGUCCAAAGAAUUCACCUCUGAUAUUGCCAAUUUAAGAGAUGUAGAUUGGAAUGAUCUUGCCUCCUCGGCAAAAGUAAUUGGCCAGCCUUGGGUGCUUUAUGAGCAUUCAAACUACGGAGGCAAAUUUCUGGUACUUGAGGAGGGAGACCAUAGCCUUUUUAGUUCAAAGAUGAAUAAUAAGGUCAGUUCUCUGCAGAUGAUCACUGAAGAUCUGAGCAAUCCGGAGAUCACUCUCUACGAGGAUGCCAACUACCAAGGGAAGAGCAGAAUAAUAAGAGAAGCAACCAACCUGGCUGCGGGACAUGACAAUGACAUCAUGUCUUCCCACAAAGUCCAGAGAGGUGCCUGGCUGCUGUGUGAAAACAGUGAUGGAAGUGGAAUUCAAUACCUUGCUCGAGAACGUGAAAACCUUCCAAAUUACAAGGCAAUCAAUUUCAAUGACAAGCUUUCUUUCCUGCGUCCCCUUCGUGCUGGCCGUUCUUAUUAGAAUGCAAAUCCUCCAAAGCUGGGGAAAGAUGCAGUCCCAGCAAGAAAUUUAAUACCUAGAUCUCUGCCUCUGCUUUUAUCACAUUCUUUGUGAUUUGUUUUAAAAUGCCCCUGCGAUACCAUGGCUUCUGCUAUUGUCUCUAAUCCAUUUUGUGUUGAUGCCAUUAAAGAAACUCUUGCAAGCAA